AUGUGGGGGGUGUGCAAGCUGAACGUGGACGGGGGUGUGUUGGAAGGGAGGGGUGCUUCACUUGGAGCUGUGAUUAGAGAUGAUGGUGGCAGGGUGAAGCUUGCGGCAUCCUGGCGUGGGGAUGAGUGUUGGAAUGCCAGCAUUGCUGAGGCCAAGGCUAUUCUUUGGGGACUCCAACUGGCUGUGGAGUUCGGCUUUCGCAAGGUGCAAGUGGAAAGUGACUGUCAAGGGUUAGUGACCGCAAUUCGUGAGCAAGAAAGGGGAGAUAGUUGUCUUCAUUUAAUAUUAGAUGAUAUCUAUCAUGUUUGUAAUUCUUUUGAGUCUGUUUCUUGGAGUUUAAUUCGUAGGGGUGGGAAUAAAGUCGCUCAUGAGCUUGCUCAUAGCAACAUGGGGGUGUUGGGUAGACAAGUUUGGCUUUCAAACUUUCCGAGUUGUAUCACCUCUUUGGUGAACACUGAUUCCCCUACUAAUGACAUUUAA